UGAGCGUCCUUCUCUCUCCCUCUCUUUCCACGAUCAUGCACUGAAAGACUACAUCCAUUGAGUUGAUUCGGUACUCCAAAACGGCACUGAGUUGUGUUUGUUGGUUGCAGUCAGCCCGGAUGCCUCCAGAGUCGUGAUUUUAUUCUGAUAAACGGAAUAUUCAAACCCGACCCUGGACCAAGUUGUUGCUUCUGAGCGCCCGUGUGUGAUGAACCUGGAGCGCAGUGAAAGAGGUGAGCGCCCUUCUCCCCGAGGCCCGGACAUGGAGCCUCGUACCGGGGGAAAGAUGGGGAAGAUAUCCGUGGGUUUCCAGAGGAGCUCCACCUCAGAUGAUGACUCUGGAUGUGCGUUGGAGGAGUAUGCGUGGGUUCCACCGGGACUCAGACCUGAGCAGGUCCAGAUGUAUUUCUCCUGUCUGCCAGAGGAAAAGGUGCCUUAUGUCAACAGCCCCGGGGAGAAGCACAGGAUCCGACAGCUCCUCUACCAGCUGCCACCUCAUGACAACGAGGUGCGUUACUGCCACUCUCUGACGGAGGAGGAAAAGAGGGAGAUCCACAUGUUCAGUGCCCAGAGGAAGAGAGAGGCACUGGGGAGAGGAACACCCAAGAUCCUGCCCAGAGCUCUGCACCACACCCGCUGUGAAAGUUGUGGCGGAGGCAUCAAUGGAGGAGAGAUGGCCAUUUUUGCCUCCAGAGCAGGGCCAGGCCCCUGCUGGCACCCGGCGUGCUUUGUGUGUGCCACGUGUGAAGAGCUGCUGGUGGAUCUGAUAUAUUUCCACCAAAAUGGCAAGACCCUUUGCGGACGACACCACGCUGAGCUUCUCAAACCACGAUGCUCUUCUUGUGACGAGAUCAUCUUUUCGGAUGAGUGCACUGAAGCAGAGGGUCGUCACUGGCACAUGAAGCACUUUGCCUGUUUUGAAUGCGAAACAAUGCUAGGGGGGCAGCGCUACAUCAUGAAAGAUGGCCGGCCCUACUGUACUGGCUGUUUUGAGUCACUGUAUGCAGAGUACUGUGAGGCCUGUGGUGAAAAUAUUGGUGUUGACCAUGCCCAGAUGACCUAUGAAGGUGUACACUGGCAUGCAGCAGACCAGUGCUUCUGCUGUGCCCAGUGCAAGACAUCCUUGCUUGGCUGUCCCUUCCUGCCAAAGCAGGGUCGCAUCUACUGCUCAAAGGCCUGCAGCCAGGGGGAAGAUAUUCUUGCCUCCGACUCGUCUGAUUCUGCCUUCCAGUCUGCGCGUUCACGUGAAUCACGGCGUAGUGUGCGCAUGGGGAAGAGCAGCAGGCCUGCCGAACAGUGGAGACAGUCACAGCUGUUUAACCCCCCCGCCACCAUCCCCGCCCCCCCAUUUGAGUAUAAGUUUGGAGAUGGAGACGCUGAUUGCGACAUUGGUAUCGUAGGGCGUAAACUGGCCCGUCUAGGCCUGGAGGAGGAGAGGUUCUGGAGGGAGCGGGAGGAGCAGGAUGCUGGUGGAGAGGAGGAUCCAGAGGAGUGGGCCCAGCAUGAGGACUAUAUGACUCAGCUUCUUCUCAAGUUUGGUGAUCGCGGGAUGUUACACCAACUUCAGCAGCCAUCCCUAAAAUCUCCCAGCCCUAGUAGUGACAGAAACAGGCUAAUGAGUGACCCGUGGCUAAAGCCUGAUACUGCAUCUUUGGGGGUUACAGCCUCCUCUCCUACCCCUGCCAGUCCCACCCAGAGCCAGACUUCCAAUCAAUCCCGAGCCAACAGCUUUAGUCCUGGACUGAUAAGCAAGAAGAACCUGCCUGAAAUGUACUGGGCUCAGUCCCAGGAUGGGUUGGGAGACUCAGCCUAUGGGAGUCAUCCAGGUCCUGCUAGUGCCAGAAAGAUCCAAGAGCUGGAGUUGGACCAGGAUCAGGACCAAUCUGCGACAGGAAGACGGGCCUUCUGGCCAGACACAAGGGAGUGGUAUGAAAACUCCCUUGAGUGUAUUGCUGAUGAGCUGAGGAAAGCUGAGCAGGGGGCUGGAGACUCCAUGGACUCCCUGGCGCUCUCAAAUAUCACUGGUGCAUCAGUGGAUGGAGAUGGCAGGGAUAGACCCAUAGUCUACACUCUUGCCAUACAGGAUCCCUCGGUGGUAGAUGACUGCGAGAAGAUGAGCAACAUGGGGACCUUUAAUUCAUCUCAUCUUCACCACAGUGCCAUCUCUCUCAACCUUAACAUGGAGAAAGGAGACGAGGAGGAGGUAGCAUUGGCAAUAAGGGGAGGCACACCAGGAGGACUUCUCGCAUUGACCCCACAUUCGGAAGGCCUCCCUUCCUCCUUUGUCCAUGCCCCAGCUCUGAGGAGGAGCAAGUCCCAGUCCAGGCCUCCUCAAAUGGUCAAGUUUUCAGAAGACACUGUGGACAAUGGAUAUAAUGACGGGUUUGAUGUCAAUAUUAGAAGGCAUCCCAUGAGUGAGAAGCCACAGCGGAGGGCGUACUGCCCAGAUGAGAUGGGCCAAGAAAGAAGCCGCCCAACAAGCCACCAUGGGCACAGCAGGCAGCACCAACACCACCGGCAAGGCCGGCACCAUAGGAGCCGCAAGACCCGCUCGGACAACAACCUUCACAUGAUGCCUUUGGAGAAAGCACAGAGGCCAUAUGAGCCCCAGCAGCAAGCACAGAGGCAUUAUGAUCCCCAGCAGCAUGGUCUGCUAAACGCUCCUAGUGGUGCCAUGCUCCUACAGCAUCCUGCACACAGGCUGCCCUUGGCCUACUCCCAAACAAGAUCUGACUAUAUGCUCCAGGGAUCAGCUCAAGGAGACCCGCAGGUUGAGCAUUUCAUGGGUCUCUACAGAGAUGAGGAUGACUGUUGCUCUACUUGUUCUUCCUCAUCUUCGGACUCUGAGGAGGAGGGCUAUUUCCUGGGACAGCCAAUCCCUCAGCCUCGUGUGGCUGGGCGCUACUACGCUGAGGACUACCCUACAAGGGUUACAGCCCUCUCUUCCAUGAGCCAUGGCUCACAGACUGGUCGCAGAAAGAGCCACCGCUCCAAAAACUGUAUCAUCUCCUAACAGCUCAGAGUGCAUUUACUUUAUAACCUGCACUAUACUAAGCAAUAGUCAGAUUUUUGGAUCAUAUGAUGGUUUUUGCAGAUAAAAUCUGGGUUUAAAAACGCAUUUUUAAGCAACCCAUGUGCACAGACUAUAUUAUGCCCUUACAGAAGAUGCAUGGCCAAAUGUCAUAUCAUAUUUUAGGCCCACAUCUAGUGAAAGAAGUAAUCAAUCUAAACAGCUGAGACAGAUCUGUGUAACAUAUAUUCAGAAAAUCUUUUCAAAAAAAUGUUUUGUGUAUGAUCAAAUUUGGCCUUUAUAAUGGGUUUUAUUGCAUUUUAGCACUAACAUGAUGCAUGGACUGGUACAUUUGGAAGCCUUUCUUUAGACAGUGAAGACCAGAAUUAUGCAGAGUGGCAACAUUAAACUUUCUCUUUCAUUUCAGCAUUUGCCAUUAACUUUUUUUAAUUAAUGUUUUAUGUUCAGUUUUACAUUUUGCAGAAAUAUCUUUGUGUGCAUUAAAAUAGCAACACAUUGUACACAGAGGUUGAUAAAGUAGAAAAUAGAAACGAACCAAAUAAUUAUUUAAUGCAUAAUAGUACAAAAUGAUAAUGUAUAUACUAAGUUAAGAUUUUAAUACUGGUAUUUUUAUAUCCAUGGUUUAAAGAAUUGUUUUCUGUUGAAGUGUAUGAUAUAGAAAAUUGCAGUUGUAACAAACAGACCUCGUUAAUAUUUUAUGAGAAACAACAAAGAAGGUGCCACUUCAUUAACUGUGCUCUUCACAGUAAAGUGCCAUGUUACUCUGUAACAAUGUCUAUUACAACAUAUAUUCCACAAUGCUCACUAUUGGUGUACAAAAUAUGAAACAAAUGGCAGUAACACUUGCAUUUUCCAUAUUCAGCUGAACUGUUCACUACCCUUGCUCUGACAUAACCAGCUAAAUGCUUUGUGAUGUAAAGACGCUUGUAAUAAAUAUUUUUUUUCCUC